CCGAGACGUAACAUUAGUUUGUUGCUGUAACUAUGUCAGAAAAUAUCGAAAUAAGAACUAUUAUUGGGAGCAGGAAUAACAUAAAUACAGUGUCUGACAGUCCUGUUCAAGAUCCAGCCUCUUCUGGGAAGGGUUUGGAAGGAAGUAACGCCUUUGUCAGUCAAAGGUCUAAGUUGGACACCAAAUCAACAUCAAGUGCUUUAAAAAAAUCCAGCCGCUAUCGGAGCCGAUCUUUGUCCGCUUCAUCAACGGAUUCCUACAGUUCAGCUUCGUGCACAGGUAGCAGUUCAGAUGAAGAUGACGUGUCGCCCAGAGAGAAGGUGCAGAACAAUUCAGCCGGCAAAUCCGACUUCUGCGUCCGCAACAUCAACCAACAUGCUUUCGGACGUCGUGAGAUUGAAAUAGCCGAACAAGAGAUGCCCGGAAUAAUGGCAUUGAGAAAACGUGCGGCCGACGAUAAGCCGCUAAAGAACGCGAAAAUAGUCGGCUGUACCCACAUCAACGCCCAAACUGCCGUACUUAUAGAGACCCUGGCCGCCCUAGGUGCCAGCUUAAGAUGGGCGGCCUGCAACAUUUAUUCGACACAGAAUGAGGUGGCGGCCGCACUCGCCGAAGCUGGUUUUCCGGUGUUCGCAUGGAGGGGCGAGACCGAGGAGGACUUUUGGUGGUGCAUAGAUAAAUGCGUGAACGCUGAGAAUUGGCAACCGAACAUGAUUCUGGACGAUGGCGGUGAUGCUACACAUCUCAUGCUUAAGAAGUAUCCGGCUAUGUUUAAGUUAAUUAAAGGUAUAGUCGAGGAGAGCGUCACAGGUGUUCACCGUUUGUAUCAGCUAUCCAAAGGUGGAAAACUAACCGUCCCAGCAAUGAACGUUAAUGAUUCAGUCACUAAAACGAAAUACGAUAAUUUAUAUAGUUGUCGAGAAUCUAUCAUCGAUAGUUUAAAACGAUCUACAGAUGUUAUGUUUGGAGGAAAACAGGUCGUAAUCUGCGGCUACGGUGAAGUAGGAAAGGGUUGCUCUCAAGCUUUAAAAGGUUUCGGAUGUGUUGUAUACGUCACCGAAAUCGACCCAAUUUGUGCCCUUCAAGCAAGUAUGGAUGGAUACAGAGUAGUCAAACUAAAUGAGGUGAUUCGCAACGUGGAUAUCGUGAUCACUGCCACCGGAAAUAAAAACGUUGUGACCAGGGAACACAUGGACAAAAUGAAAAACGGCUGCAUCGUGUGCAAUAUGGGACAUUCCAACACUGAAAUUGAUAUUAAUAGCUUGCGUACGCCUGACCUAACAUGGGAGAAGGUGCGUUCCCAAGUGGACCACGUGAUUUGGCCGGACGGCAAAAGGAUAAUACUUCUGGCCGAAGGACGACUGGUUAAUUUGAGCUUCUCCAGUUUGCCUUCGUUUGUCGUAUCAAUCACGUCGGCGACCCAAGCUCUCGCCUUGAUUGAGUUGUUCAAUGCCCCGCCCGGAAGGUAUAAGUCCGAUGUCUACUUGUUACCCAAGAAAAUGGACGAGUAUGUGGCAAGCUUACACCUUCCCACCUUCGAUGCACAUCUAACGGAAUUGACGGACGAACAGGCUAAAUACAUGGGAUUAAACAAAGUUGGACCUUUCAAGCCUAACUACUACAGGUAUUAGCUCUUCAAUUUUUACUUUUAAAACGUACUGCAUAAGUCAAUGUUAGUCUCCGCCAGAUAGUGUUAAAUUUGAAAGAGCAUAGCACUUGCGUUCCAUGCAAACUACAAUAUCGCCUUAAUUUUAUUUUAGAGAUAAGGAUACAAACUUUGCUAAAACAAUUUUUAAUGCUCAAAAUUCAAAAUUUUAAAAUAGCUGAUAGUACUUAACUGUUUUUUUUUCACGUAGAAUUUUUUCAUGGCAGUGGUUAUGGUUAAUUAGAUGACAUAAUUAUGUUUUAAAUUAUUCGUUUGUCAGAUAUGCAAAAAUGAUUGUGUUGUGUUUGUCAGUUUGUAUAAUUUUAUUAAUGAUACUAUUUUAAGCAUCUUCUUUUCAACUUCUCACAAUAACACCAAAUUACGAGUCGUUUAAUUGCCUCUAAAAAUUUUGUUUUUUUCUGUUUCAACAGUUUACAAUUUGAGCUAUGUUUUUUUCAAAGACUUGUAUCAAUAUUAUAAUUUAAUGGUAAUUUACAUACAUAUGGCAGAACUAAUUGCAAUGAAGGGCCUACAUAAUUCAGUAUUGGAAGUACUUUUCAAGUACAAACUUAAUUAUAUUUAUGUAUUCUAGAAUAUGACCCCUGUAUUAAAAUUUUGUUUUAUUAUUAAACAUUACAAAUACAAGACAAUAUAUUUCGUAUGCUUGACGUAUAAUGUAAUCAUUAUAAAAAGAAUCUGAGAUUUACAGGGAGAUCUGCUUGCCAAAAAAAGUACUAGUCAUUGUCGUAUUUGUGUGUAAAUGUAACAUUAAUUAACAUAUCUUCAAAAUAAUUAGUUUUAAAUUCAAUUAAUGACAGCAUAUUACAUUUUCGUUUUAGAAAUUCAUUUAAUUUACAUCUGCAUACUGUUGUCUUUUAUUUGUAAUAGCAUUGUAAUAAUAUAUUUACUGUUAGUGAUAUCUAAAAGAGUAUUAUUUGAAAUGAUUUAAAGUAGAUAUAGUUGCUAAUGUUUUUUCUUUUGUAUGCUACAAUUUUAAAACUUGUUAUAUUUAUGAAAAUGGUAUUGUGACUUAGAAAAUGACGCUAAAUGAUUUUAAAUUCUAACUCAUUUUAUACCAUUUGCUACAUGUUAUUUGGUGUGACAAAGUGUUAGCAAUCUAAUGAUUUAAUCUCUAUGUAAGUUUGUUAAGAAUUUUGUCAUACUUAUGAUCAGUUAAUACGAUUUAUGUAUUAUUAGAACAAAAUAAACUAUUAAAAAUCA